AUGAAAGUGGACGAGCGCAUCUUCCUGUAUCUCCUCUCCGAGAAACUCCCCGACCUAACAGACCAUUUUGAUGCGAACGACAUUUCGCUGACUCACCUGACAUUCCAUUGGUUUUUAUGUCUGUUCAUCAACAUUCUGCCCAUCGAUGUCACCGAGUACAUCUGGGAUCGCGUGUUUUAUUACGGUUCCCACGUGAUUCACGCGACGGCCAUGCAGAUUUUCCUGAACUACGAGAAGGUCCUGCGCGGCAUGAACGACCUCGAAGAGAUCGUCGUGUUUUUGAACGAGAAGCUCGCCGAGGCGAUCCCAAGCGACUUCCGCGGGCUGGAGAAGCUGGGAAUCUCGCUGUCUCGCAUCCGGAUCAUGCGCGUGGACACGCUGGAGGAGUUGAAACGGGAGGAAUCGGCGAUGAAGAAGCAGGUGGCGGAGACGAUCCAUCAGUCCAUCACCAAGCAGAUGAGUAUUCGGAUGUCCGUGCGGAACAUGCUCUCCUCGUCCUCUCCUAUCGACGCGUCGCAGCCGGAUUCCUCGCUGAAGAACCUGGAGAUCUCGCUGGAAGUCGUGGAGCGGAUGAAGAAGGGCAUCGUGGACUACAUCCUCGAGCACUGCUCCGCCGCGCUGGGCGUGUCGGCCGACCGCCUGAGCAGCAAGAACAUCCGCGAUUACUGCUACACGGGGUUCACGGAAGACGAGUUCGUGUCGCUGUGGGAGUCGCUGCGUCGGCAGAGGAUUCUGUCGAUCGACGAUCCGAAAGCGGCGCUGGAGCUGUUCCGCGAGUACAAGACGCUGCGCGAGGGCAAGCCGGUGAUCGACGUGCGGUUCCUGCUGAAAGGCGUGCUGUCGCUGGUGAGCGAGAAGGUGGACGUGAGCACGCGGCUGCAGUACUAUUUCAGCAUCUUCGAUAUGAAGGGCGAGGGCGUGAUGAUCCGGCCCGCCUUCCUGGACUUCAUCAACGCGGUAUAUCGCGAGUGCGGAACGAUGGUGGACGUGGAGCACGCCGCCGAGAAAUACGUGAAGAUCGUGUUCGCGGUGAACACGCAGUCCAGCGACGCCAUGACCUUCCAGGAGUUCCGAAGCCUCGUUCUCAUCCAGCCGCAGAUCGUCUCCUACCUCGAGCUCAUCGAUGUGGACGAGGACGAAUUGACGCCGCUGGCCGACGAACUCAGCGAUGAGCAGCCAGAGACGCCGUCGACCUUCCUGCUCCAUCUGGACGAGCUUCCUCCGAUUUUGGCUCAGCAUCCGUAUGUGCUGCACGCUAAGCAGCUUCCGGAGAAGGAGCAGCAGCUGCUAGGAUCAUUCCUGCAGGACAUGGCAUGCAUUGUCAGAGAACGCGAUCAGCUGAAGGAGGAUGUGCGGUCGAGCGGUACGCGGUCGAGCUAUUACAACUCGAUGAAGAAGUCCAUCCGAUUGUCGUCGAAUUGCUUGCUGGGUGUGUCGCCGAAGAUGUCUCUGAAUUCGGACGGCAUGAUGGAGCUGAUUCAGGAAGAUGAUGAGCUGGACGCUUCACCGAAGGACAAAAUCAUCCCUCCUGUGAUGAGGAGAUCGGCAAUGGGAAGCACGUCUGUCAUGAGCGUGCGAAGAAGAAUGUAG